GACUCAAUACAUAGACUCAACCUGGCUCUGCAGGGUGGUGAUACCAGACUGGUGGCUAGAUCGAUAGUAGACAACCUACCAUUACGGGUACUCUUCGGCCAGCUUCUUAUUAGACAUACUUCCAGUUCCCAAUCUCGUUUGAUACCAAGGCGUCCGCACAACUAGGCCUGCAAUGUCUCCAAACCUGCAGACUGCCGCCAUCCCCACGGCAACAGUUCAGUCCCAUGCCUCCAACCUACUCCAACUACCCGAUAAGACUCUCCUAUGCGCGUGGUUCGGGGGGUCCCAAGAGGGCCUUCCAGAUAUUAGCAUCUGGCUAUCUCGUCAAGAGCCAGACGCAGCUUCCUGGUCGAAGCCCGAAAAGAUCUCUUCAGACAUCAACCGAAGCUGCCAGAACCCGGUGCUCUUCCGAGCACCCAAGACGGGAGACAUCUGGCUCUUCCAUACUUCUCAAGAUGCUGGUAAUCAAGAUGGGGCCAUCAUCAUGGCUCGCACCUCAAGCGACAGUGGCAAGACCUGGUCACCGCCCCGCUAUCCUCUGAAUGGUGUCACUGGGGCGUUUGUGCGCCAGCCUCUUGUCGUCCUCGAGGACGGAACUUGGGUCCUUCCAGUGUUCCAUUGCCGAUCGACGCCUGGUCAACGGUGGAUCGGCAACAAUGACAUCUCUGCCGUGUUCUACUCCAAAAACGACGGUCAAACGUGGACCGAGGAUGCUGUGCCUGACAGCAUUGGCUCUGUACACAUGAACAUCAUCGCGCCAAAGAGUCAAGGUUUCGAAUACAUUGCGUUCUUCCGCAGUCGAUGGGCAGACAACGUCUACCGCUCAACAUCGUCAGAUGGUUUGAACUGGGCUCCUCCCAAGGCGACAUCUCUUCCGAACCCUAACAGCGGCAUCUGUGCCGCACGACUGCCAUCAGGAAACCUGGCCAUUGUAUUCAAUCGCUCCGCUGCCGAACCUGACAUGGCCAAGCGAGAGGGCCUCUAUGAUGAUAUCACACCAGAAGACGACAAGAGACCGAAUCAAGCUUCGGUGAAUGGGAAAAACGCGAUUUGGGGAACCCCGCGGAAAACACUGACGGUUGCUGUGUCUAGCGACGAUGGCUUAACAUGGAAGGAGAAGGUCCUUGAGGAAGGUGACGGGUUUUGCAUGACGAACAACUCAAUUGAGAAAACGAAUCGGGAGUUGAGCUAUCCUAGCAUCUUUGUUGAGAAGGAAAGCGUGCAUAUUGCUUUCACAUUCCAUCGCCAGUACGUUAAGUACGUUAGGAUAGACAACAUAGAGGACUGGUUAGAUCAGGCCUAGUUUAAUGUCAGGUGUCAAGAUGCAUCC